AUGGCAUCAGCAAGUCUGCAGUUCUUUGCUUUUAUUCUGGCUUUGUUUGGUGUUUUUGGAGAUAUCACAGCCACCCUGCUACCAAACUGGAAGGUAAAUGCGGAUGUUGGUUCAAAUAUCAUAACAGCUAUAACACAAAUGCAAGGACUUUGGAUGGACUGCACAUGGUACAGCACUGGGAUGUUUAGCUGUACCCUGAAAUACUCCGUUCUCUCCCUCCCCGUCUACAUCCAGGCUGCACGGACCACCAUGGUACUGUCUUGUAUCUUAUCAGCCUUUGGGAUCUGCAUCACUACAGUUGGAAUGAAAUGCACAAAGUUGGGAGGGGACACUGACAGCAAAAGUCACGCUUGUUUUGCUGGAGGAGUCUGCUUCAUUCUUGCAGGAAUCUUUGGAUUAGUACCAACAUCCUGGUACACGAGAGAAAUUAUUUCAAAUUUUCUGGACCAGACCAUUCCGGAGAGCAGUAAACAUGAACCAGGAGGAGCGGUUUAUACAGGAUUCAUUUCAGCAGGGUUUCUGCUUAUCGCAGGUGUGAUUUUCUGCACUUCCUGUUUUAAAAAGCAGCAAGGAGCAUGGAUUUACCCUCCAAAGCAGCACCAUUUCCCAUCCGCAGAGCAGGAGAGCAACACAGGUUACAACCUGAAGGACUAUGUGUAA